GGCAAGCUCAUGCGCUGCAUGAGCCACACGUGUCUUUUAUUCCACACCGAGACCAGAAGCAGCAACAGCAAAGGGCCCAGCGUGGAACAUCGCCGAGACACAGCAUGGGCGACUCGGUCAAGAAGAAGCCUGUACUCGCCGAGCGGGUGCUGGGAACCGUGAAAUGGUUCAACGUAAAGAACGGCUAUGGAUUCAUCAACCGGAACGACACCCACGAGGACAUCUUCGUUCAUCAGACGGCCAUCACCCGCAACAACCCGCAAAAGGUGAUGCGCAGCGUCGGCGAGGGAGAGGUGGUCGAGUUCGACGUCGUUGUUGGAGAGAAAGGUCGUGAAGCGGCCAACGUGACUGGCCCCGAUGGAGAAGCCGUUCAAGGAAGUCCGUACGCUGCAGACCGGCGUCGCUUUCGUGGACGCUGGUUCCCCAGGCCACGUCGCUCGAUGUCCCGAAGGGGGCCACCGCCACAGGAGAUGGAAGACCUUCCCGACACCAGGCGUCCCCCGCCGCAGCGUCGAGGGCCCGUACCGAGAUCCUUCAACCAAAGGUUCUACCGUCGCCCUAGGGGUCUUCUGCGAAACUCCCUUCGAGAUGACUUUCGCAGGGCGUACGAGUACGAAGAGUAUGAAGACAUCAGAGACCUGCGAGUAGAACGGAGACCACCAAGAAGGUUCUACGGAAGGUACUUCAGGCGACGUCGCGGACGAUCAAGGAGCGAGCAUGACGACGUGGACAGCUACAGGGAUGACGAACCACGUUUGCGAGACAGGACGGCGGGCUCCUGGAGGAGGCCGUCAUUUAGGCCGCGUCCAAGACCUCGGUCGGCUUCGCCGAGGCAGAGGGGAAGUGGAGGCGCUGGCGACGGCAGGAGUGACCGCGCUCUCAGCAGAGACCAGUCAUCGGGAGAGAGCGUCGUCGAGACUAAAGAGACUGUUCGCAAGAAGCGACGCGAACCACCUGAGGCGACCGAGGAGCCCAGAAAGGAAGUGGCAGCUGAGGCGGCUUCCGAGGAGUCGUCAGAGAAAAAGAUCGAGAGAAAGGCCGAGAAAUCGAGAUCGUCUUCAGAUCAACAGAAGCCGGAGCCUGUGCCCCGGGCCCAUAGCGAGACGAAGGCGCAGAAGACUACGCAGACCGAACCCGUGGCCACACGCGAGACAACGAGCGAGAAGGCGAUUCGGUCGCCACCUGGAAAACCCGACGGCCCAGCAGGGGACGGCGACCGGAAGGCUGCUCUGGAGGAGGUCAAAUUUCAGGCCGAAGAAUGAAGUGAAAGGUUGUGGAAGCCUGGGGACAAAAUUCGUCGUCGGUGGUGCGCCGUGCAGAUCUCCGUGCUAUAUUUUUGCUGUUAGUUGGAUGCAUCUGCGGACUGCGGAGGAAUGCCACAGGUGCCGAACAGUUUUGCGAGCUCUUUUCCUUUGCGUUCAUAACGUUGUGUGGUCUUUUUAAGCGUAGGGAAAAUUUUGCAGUUCAUUCUGCGUGAGUGGCUUUUCAGGUCCUGCUUGGUUUAAUAAGUUCUGGAAGGGUUUAACGUUGUAGCUACACGAUGCAUUUUCUUUGGUUUUUGGAGGUCUGCCGGACUCCGCGACGGGAAUUGCCUCAGAGGGGAAGUUCGUUUCAAUGUGCCGUUACUAUUGUACCUGUGACUAUCGUGCGUAGAAAUUCUUCCAGGCGUCGACUCUGUCUGUGAGGCACUUGUUGAAACGGGUAGUCUUUGUGAACAAGUAAAACAUCUUGCAAAGUUCA